GAUACGGCCGACCGGAAAUUGCAACCCAGCACGGGAUGAACGGGACUUUGCCUUUACUUUCACUUUGCCACCUUUACCACGGCCUGACAUUGUUUGAUACGUAUCGAUUCGAUUUCACCACCAAAGUAGAACCGAAACACGCUGUGUAGCCCUUUUAUACAUUUUAGAUACCGGGAAAAACUGGAAAAUGACAUGGGAAAACUCCGGGGAAUUUUCCAAAAUAACAUAGCAACCCAGAGUCUGCGCAAAAAGUAUUUUCUGAAUAAAAAGCGAAGCGUCACGAAGCACAGCUAUCAGUGUUGGUUCUACUGUCUCCUAGCCUAGAAUAUCGGGAAAAUGGCACCAAAAACAAGUGGAAAAGCGGUCAAGAAAUCCGGAAAAGCCCAGAAGAACAUUGCCAAGACGGACAAAAAAAAGAGGAAGCUUCGCCGGAAGGAAAGUUACGCUAUCUACAUUUUUAAGGUGUUGAAGCAGGUUCAUCCAGACACUGGGAUUUCUUCAAAGGCCAUGAGUAUCAUGAACAGCUUUGUCAACGACAUUUUCGAGCGGAUUGCCUCAGAAUCAUCCCGUUUGGCCCACUACAACAAGCGUUCGACAAUAACAUCCCGGGAAAUUCAGACCGCUGUUCGUUUGCUGCUUCCUGGAGAACUGGCGAAACAUGCUGUUUCUGAAGGAACCAAAGCUGUUACUAAGUACACGAGCUCCAAGUAAAUUAACGAAAUCGAUUAUUCUAUCAUUAAAACCGUCCUUUUAAGGACGACCGAAUUGUCAAUGAAAGAAGUUGAAUUUAUCUUGAAUGCAUCGCGCGGAAGAAUAUUUUUAGGAAUAAAAACUAUUCUUUAACCACAAAAGAAAAA